AAAGGAAAGUUAGAUUUGUGUGUGUGGUUAUUGUUUUCUUCCAACUCUCUAUUGUAGGGAUUGUAGCGUUCCUUUUAUGCGUGUCGUUCCUAUUGUUAAGGGAAAUCGGUGCACUGAACCGAUCCGGCCAUCAAAAUUUUUUCCGAAAGGUAUUACCCGCGUUCGCGCCGUACAAAACGUAUCCGUCAAUGUGGUGCCACCGCAGCAAGCAGCAAGAUGACCGAAAUUCGAAAGGAAGAAAUUCAAGCGGUUAUGGAAUACUUCGGCAAAAAUUUAUAUAGUGCAAGAUACAGAAACGAACUGGCCGAUGAAACUGUCCAGCGUUGUAGCGAGCUAAUGCGCCUGGAUUAUGACGUAACUGAGGUGUCUAACGAGGCAGGCACUCUUUCGUCGAAUUAUCCUAGCUGGUUGUUGAUUCCGGAAUAUAAAAUGACGAACAAUUCCGAAUGCAGCAGUCUACCAAUGAAAAAUGUUUCAUCUCUUAAUGGAUCGAACAACGGUGCUGAUCAGAUUUUUGAUGAUGGUAAACUCAAUUCUGCACGAUUGCGCCGUUUUAUUGUUAAAGCCCGCAAGGCUAGGUGUCGAGCGCGAUUUCCAGUCCCGGUAUUAAUGUUCAACGGAAAAUACCUCUGCAGGUCAUCCACCUUAGCGAAUUACAUGGAAAUUUUUACGCGGACGGGUGUAGACUGGAUAUAUGGUUCCGAUGAACCAGCGGAACCAGAAGAUGAAGAAGAUGAAGCUAACCAAAACGGAGGGGAUAUUACUGCGUCCGAGCGACGAAACGAUAUUCGUCUGCUGAAAGCUUUCAAGAUUGGAGCGAUAAUGGACUUUAUGGUGGAAACUAAAAAGGUGAAAUGUGGUGUAGUAGUUACGUCUUCGGAAAAGGUGGACGCAGAAAACCGGUACAGUGGUUUUGAUAUACUUUCUUUACCUUAUCCCGGCUGCGAAUUUUUUAAAGAAUUCGCUUCUCAAAACUAUGACGGUCAGGGACUGUUUUUCAAUUGGGAACAACCGUACAUAAAUACCGAAAUUCGAAUACCUACGGAUUCGAUCACGGAUACACUGAACAUCAAAUGGAGUGAAUACCAGAAGUGGGAUCUAGUGAAACUUACGCAAAAUUAUCUUCUCUUACUAUUACACUACUUGCAACACAGCGAUCAAGGAAUAUUGGUUCAUUGUAUUAGCGGUUGGGAUCGAACACCGAUGUUUGUUUCAUUAGUGCGAAUGUCACUUUGGGCAGACGGUGUUAUCCAUCAGUCACUAAACAAACUUCAGAUGCUCUACUUUACGCUUGCCUAUGACUGGCUACUAUUUGGACACAAUCUACCUGAUCGACUAAAGAAGAACGAAGAUAUAAUGUUUUUUUGCUUUGAAAUGCUCAAACAUAUCAGCGGCGAAGAGUACAGCGUACUAAAACUCAGCACACGUAGCUCUCAUAGUAGCGAAAGCAGUAGCAUAGACGUAAUAAGGGAAAAUUGCGACUCCAUCGAUGAGCUGCAGUUUGGCGAAGGGGCAUGUGGUGGUUCUAGUAUGUCACUGAACUCAAAUAGUGGCUACGCGAGCGGGAAAAGCUUUUCCGGACUGAAUGGCGGUGGUGCAAGUAAAAGUAUAUCAAUAACCGGCACAAACGGCAAUGCUGCUAGAAAUGGCGGUUCAAUGAGCGAUAAAUUUUCCGAGAACGGAAGCAUCAAUUCAGACAAUGGAAAUGAUGGUUUGUCAUCGUAUAGCAACGAUAGCGGCAGCAGUAUUGGAUGCUUAUCGCACGAAAAUUCUUACCAUAACGUCCACUGGUCACCACAGGACACAAGGACUAGUCCAGUAACUGUGCCAUGCACGGAUGGAGUUCAGCGACAACGCCAAGAAUCCACAUCAUCGGCUGGUAGUUGGCAGAUGGUAAACAAGGCUGGAAGUUAUCGACGCGAAGAUAACUCAGACGCGAUAGCCGAAAUGAUAAAAUCAGGUCUCAAUAACACACAACAAUGUCAGCGACCGUCACAGCAUACCAGUUCAGGCAGCUCCAGUGCUUCCACACCGAAUCAUAAUUACACACGACGAAGAAGGCUCGAUGAUUUGCGCGCUGAAUUUCGAAAUAUCUACCUUUCGUCAACAUACAAUCACAUGCCCGGUCCCAAAAUUGGCACCCUUCUGACGAGUUUGUUGGAUAAAGUUCGACCAUCAUAGGUAGCGACGACUUCUUGCAAUCGAUUCGGUUCAGUUGAUUUUUUACAUUAUUUUGAAGUUGCAUUUUAAGGAUUACUGGAUGGCAUGCAAAUAAUUAAUUUUAGGAAUCAUACAAGAUUGUGCCGUUCGCCAGAAUUAUAACGAAGAAGAGACCGCUUCUGAGAAACUGUAUAUUUUUCCGCUUUUACAGCACUGUCGACAACGUGAAGUACCAACACCAAACUGCAGAUGUUCAUUUUGUAUUUAACUGUUGUAGCUUUAUAUUAAUUAUCAAUUGCGGACAGGCGGUUUAAACAUUACUAAGCAGGCGUCCGACAGAUUUUAAAUUCUGAACGUAAAGUUGACAUAAGAAAGUUCUGGUUUUGCGUAAAUAAGUAUCAUUGUUGAGUUAUUUUGAAUGAGUCUCGCUCUGGCUUGUUGGAACAGAUAGGUAUUUUAUUUACUCAAUGAUUUUUAUCAACUUAACAAGCGUAACACCACAAUAAGGUAGAAAACUCCGCAUUUGUUUUAAUAAAACCGGUCAUUAAGUUCCAUUCUAACCCCAAAAAUAGUGUAACAAUAAAUGAUAGCUUAGCGAUUGAACCGUUAGUUUUAUAUUAUUUUCGAUUACACAUAUCUCAUCUUGUAUCCUAUAACAGGAGCAUACCAGGUUUCUAUAAAUUAGCACCCAUCAAAUUAACAACCCUAUUUUUAUAGCGCUUAGAAAUAUCGCGUUCUAUUUGAUUCUGCAGGAUACGGGUCUGUUCAAUGACGUUCGUUAACGUAGGUUUCAAAUCCGCACUCUGCUGCCGAUACGUCACCGCGCGUUC